AUGCAUCUGCUUUCCUAUUGGACGAACGAACUUACGAACUUACGAACGAACGCAUUUAACUCGUUUUUCCCGGUUAGUAAGAGUCGUAAACGACGACGCCUAGCCGACGGUAAAUCGUACGGCGGUGGUGCUGGUCGUAUAACCAAGGCUUUGGAGCACAAACUUGCCGAUUCCUAUGGCGUAGCAAUUCGACAAUCUAGUGAAUGGGCUAAAAAUCUUGAUGAAGGUGAUGCCGUGAAAUUAAUUGAACGACGUUGUCGUGCAGCAUUUUUACAUAAUAUAAAAAAUCCCAAUGAUGAACUUCAACAUGGUUUAUGCCAAACAGAACCUUAUUCCUGGUAUUCGUAUCAAAAAGAUAAAUAUGUUCCGUUAAAGCAAAAAAUCGAUCCUGCUAAACAAAUCAAGCGACUUGACCCAAUUUUUCUCGAAAUCUUGACACCAAUGAUUGAUACAUUGACCAAUCCAAUAUUGUUACGACGAUGUCUUCGAGGUGCGACACAAAAUGCAAAUGAAUCGAUAAAUUCUGUUGUUUGGUCAAUUCUACCAAAAUCAAAAUACCAUGGUUAUCGAUCAAUACGAGGUGCUGCAGCAAUCUCAUUAAUAUUCUUUAAUCGUGGUCGAUCAGGACUGGCUGAAUUUUUUGAUCAAGUUGGAAUCCCAGUCACAGACGAACUAUUAGGUGUUCUUUUAGGAAAAGAUUACAAGCGAAUAGAAAAGACAAUAAUACUCAACGACAUGAUAUCAUCAAACGACGAAAAGAACAGCAAUGACUCCAAGUGCCGAGCAAAGCGUCGUAGUGCCGAGCAAAGCGACGUAGUGCUGAGCGAAGCGACAUCAUUUCAUGCAUCAUAUCCUGAAGAAAUCAUAGCACUGGAAUUCAAAUCAAAUAUUAGUUCUGGUACAGCAUCAUCACAUGAUCCACUACGACGUGUUAUUCAUGAGGCUUUCUUAAAUGUAAAUAGAAAAGAUGGGUCAGCUGUUCGAAACUAUUCAUCUGCACAACGAGCUAUUGAACGAAAACGAAAAACAGAAGAUUUACCAUUACCUCGACCAACAUCAUUUAAUGAUAUUCUUAUUCCUGGUGAACUUAACGUAACUAAUGGCGGUGAUCAAUUUGUACUGUAUGAUAACGAAAGUCCUAAUCAUAGAAUGAUUAUAUUAUCAUCCGAUGAUGAUCUUGAUUGUGGACGUUCAUUACCAUUGGUCUAUUGUAGUAUCGCUGGUAAUUCUCAAGCUAUCUAUGAUGAAAUGUUCGAUGUUAUCCUUAAAAAUGUAUAUCCACAUCCUAAAUCAAUAACUAUUGAUUUUGAAAAAGCUGUCAAAAAUGCUACUCUUGGCUUACAACAAUUAUUCAAAGAAAAUAAUGAUGUUCGACAUUUAUUAAAGAACUUCAGAUCUUCAGCAUUAAUACCUGAACAAUCUGUAAUUGCUGGAUUGGGAAAUUGCAAGCUGAUUCGCCAGACACCCUCAACGACUUUAUCGAUUACUAUGAAGACAAUUAUAUUGGUCGACCAAUUCGCAAUAAUCGACACUGUGCUCCUCGUUAUUCGAAUUCCACGUGGUAUAUUUAUGUUCGCCUUGAUCAACAAUUACCAAGAACGAACAAUUCAAGUGAGUGUUGGCACAGAGUCAUUCAGGUAUUAUUCAUUCAUGACUUUUUUUCUUCAUAUAGUACUUUCCUUUUCCGUUUAGCACUAUAUUCGUUCACAUUGAUCAAUAUAUGAAUCAAUAAAAGAUUUACAAACUGAGCAGCACGCGACAUUAAUUCCGGCGGAGGAGCUACAAUCUGGUUUAAUGAAACUCACACGACGUGCCAAAUAUGAACGUAACGAAGAACAAUUACAACAAUUAGUCUCUUCUUUUUAUGUAAUAACAAGAGAUAUGUACUUUAAAAGCGCAAGACAUUGCUUCAUUUCUUAUCUAACUGUUAGAUUUUUUCAAUGAAAUGUUUUUGUGAGGCUCACGUGCCGGCAGAUCAUUUCUCGGGAGCUCAACUGUCGGGGCCCAUCUGUCCGGUCAUCACUUAGCACUACCAAUCCAGUACCAUCGAUCUCGAUAAUAGAUUUGGUUGGACUCUUCCGACAAUGAAAUAUUCGACGACACUGGAUUGGUAGUGCUGAAUGUGUACAUGUUGUAGUGAAGAGUUGAUCAUACCGGUGUAGUCUAAUGGUAGGACGAGAGCCCUUCACCCUCUCAAUCUGGGUUAUACACUGUUCGUAUAUCACAGAUGAGAAGCAUCUUUAGAAAUUAUUCAUUUUCACACAUCACUAUGACAACAUAAAUGAACAAAAUCAUCAAAUCCCAGUACCGGCAGUGUUUUUUUUUCUUUUGAUUUCGUUCUGUUUUGUCAAAACUAUUUCAGCAUAUUUUGUAGAGAACAGAUGAAAUUACGAAAUUCUCGUUGACUAACGACAAAAUGAAUCCCGGAAUCAAAACAAAAAAAAAGAUUACCGGUACUGGGAUUUGAACCCAGACUGAGAGGUUGAAGGCCUCUAGUCCUACCGUUAGACUACACCGGUAUGAUCAAGUCUUCAGCACAGCAUGUACACAUUCAACACUACCAACCGAGUACCAUCGAUCUCGAUAUUUGAUUUGGUCGCAUCUUUCCGACAACGAGAUAUUCGAUGACACUGGAUUGGUAGUGCUGAAUGUGUACAUGUUGUAGUGAAGAGUUGAUCAUACCGGUGUAGUCUAAUGGUAGGACGAGAGCCCUUCACCCUCUCAAUCUGGGUU